AUGUUGGAAACAAAUAAAACUGUGGUUAAAGAAUUUAUUUUGUUUGCUUUUGCUGAUUUGCAACAGAUCCAGAAUUUACUUGUCUUUGUUUUUUUACUGAACUACAUCCUAUGUAUCUUGGGGAACAUGGCUAUAAUUAUUAUUAUAAGAGUAGAUCCUUCUCUUCAUACUGUCAUGUAUUUUUUUAUUGGUGUAUUCUCCGUUUUAGAGAUUAUGCUUGUGACUGUCAUUGUUCCAAAACUUUUAGCAAAUGUCAUUUCAGGUAAUAAUAUUAUUUCUUUCACUGAAUGCUUUACUCAAAUGUAUAUAUUCAUUUCCUCUGGAUCAACUGAAUGUUAUCUUCUUGCAGUAAUGGCCUUUGACAGACACUUGGCUAUUAAUAAUCCUUUACACUACCAAGCUAUAAUGACGCCUGCUUUUUAUAUUAGUUUGGCUGUUUUACCAUGGAUCAUGGCAUUUAGUAUUAUUUUAGCCCCUGUCAUCACAACAGCUCAGUUGGACUACUGUGGUCCUAAUGUGAUUGACCACUUCUACUGUGACGUGGCUCCGCUGCAGAACUUGGCAUGUUCUGAUGUCUUCAUUAGCAAUAUAGCAACACUCAUAGCUUCUAUGUUAAUUAUUAUUCUUGCAUUUAUUACAAUCAUAGGAUUCUACAUCCAGAUUAUAAUGACAGUUUCAAGGAUAAAGAGUAAGGAGGGAAAACAGAAAGCUUUUUCCACAUGUUCUUCUCAUCUCAUUAUUGCCGGUCUAUUUUAUGGAACAGGCACCAUUGUGUAUGUCAAGCCUAAAGGAGGCCAUUAUGACAAAUAUCUUACUUUUAUGUACACAGUAAUCACACCUAUGAGUAACCCUUUUAUUUAUACAUUUAGAAACAGGGAUAUUAAGAAGGCUUUCAGGAAUUUAAUAAAUAACCUAAUAAAACCAGUUCAGAUGUAA